CAGGUUCCUCUGUCCAUGGACUUCUCCAGGGGUUUAUUUUAAGUCUUCCAACUGAUCCUGCUCAUCCACACGGGUGUAGAAACUGCGACGAGUUGGACUCGGCGGCCGGGGAGGCGGGGCCGAUGUUAUGACGUCAUCGCCACGGGGCGGAGGCGACCGUGUCUGAGGAGAGGCUCCGCGUGCUGCAACGCCCGCUACCCGGCUCUGAGGGCAGCGCGAAUCCCGGCUAGCGCCUGCUCGUCCCUGGUGGUCCGUCCCGGCCGAGUCCCGCGUGGAGAUGGCAGACGACCUUGGAGACGAGUGGUGGGAGAACCAGCCGGCAGGAGCAGCCAGCAGCCCAGUUCUCCAUUAUUCAACUCAAGAGCAUCUGCCUACAAUGCAGGAGACCCGGGUUCAAUCCCUGGGUCGGGAAGAUCUCCUGGAGAAGGAAAUGGCAACCCACUCCAGUAUUCUUGCCUGGAAAAUCCUAUGGAUGGAAGAAUCUGGAGCAUCAGAUGAUGAAGGGGGAGGAGACACAGAAAUGGCGCAGCAGGACACAGCUCCAGGUCCUGCCCUGUCCAAGAAAAUCAAACCGCCUAAAGAAUGUUUCUUGAUACAACCGAAGGAAACAAAUGAAGAUGCCGCCAAGACCAGGAAGAGGAAAAAGAAGAAAAUUACUGAUAUUCUUGCAAAAUCAGAGCCAAAACCAGGGACACCUGAAGACCUCCAGCAGCUGAUGAAGGACUAUUACAGCACCAGUCGCUCCGUGAUUGAACUAGAAGAACUAGCCCUCCCAGACUCCUGCUUCCUCAAGGCCAAUGAUUUAACUCACAGUCUUUCAUCAUAUCUAAAAGAAGUCUGCCCCAAAUGGGUGAAACUUCGGAAAAACCACAAUGAGAAGAAAUCAGUCCUAAUGCUGAUUAUCUGUGGCUCUGCCAUCCGAGCUCUGGAGCUCAUUAGGUCAAUGACCGCAUUCAAAGGAGACAGCAAAGUUAUGAAAUUAUUUGCCAAACACAUAAAGGUCCAGGAGCAGGUAAAAUUGCUGGAGAAGCGUGUAGUACACCUGGGUGUAGGAACCCCAGGGAGGAUUAAAGAACUCAUCAAACAAGGUGGCCUUCAUUUGAACCCCUUAAAGUUUCUGAUUUUUGACUGGAACUGGAGAGAUCAGAAGUUGAGAAGGAUGAUGGACAUUCCCGAGAUAAGAAAGGAGGUUUUUGAACUUCUGGAAAUGGGACUUCUCAGUCUGUGCAAGACAGAAUCUUUGAAGCUGGGCCUUUUCUAAAUCUGGAUCCUAAUGAAAAGUCCUGUUUUCCUGGUGGGAUUUAUAUGGCCCUGGCCCAUUGUAAGCACUUGGUAAAUACCAGCUAUUGUUUAUUAAGUUGACUGUAUCACCAGAUGGCUCACUAGGAAUCUUAGGUGGGGAGUCUUUUACAAAUGAAUGUGUCCUUUGCCAAAUCCCUUGUGUAAUAAAGCAUCACUGGCUUGUGUGUGA